CAAAUUGCACAACACGUUCACCCUUUAGCUCCGCCCACAGGUUGGACAAAACUCCGACAUGGCUGAUACAGUACUGCGUGACGCGUGAAACUGGUGGCAGAAGUCUAAGUAAACUCAGCCUCAAGACAUCCUAUAUACUGUCUGAAUGUUUGCCUCUUGUGAAAAUGGUGAAGCAUUGUUCAUAUGGGACUUGCAAAUCUGAUAGCAGGUACCCGGAAAAGUUAGGAGGAGCUAAAUUUAUUCCUUUCCCGAAGCCAAAGUCUGACCUGCAAAAAUGCCUGCGCUGGAUAGCUUUGUGUUGCCGUCCACAUUCCCAUCUCAACGUGGAAAAAAUAACUAAGCAUAUAUAUAUUUGUUCAAAGCAUUUCAUAUCUCUCAGUGGACCUAAUGAAGAAUAUCCUGAUCCAAAUGAUGCUUUAAGUGGGGAAUUUAGAAAAUCACGCCGCCAUGUAUCAUAUGCCCAGAACAACACAUUAUCUGUUUCCAGCAAUAGUGAUAUUACAGACUCAUCACCACCAGAAGGUUCUUCUCACAGUUGUGAUUCUGCAAGCCAGACUGAAGAACAGAUCUAUUCUGAGUUGGAUGUGUUCUCCAUGGUUGCAAGAAUCAGGCAGCUGGAAGAGGAAAACAAUAAAUUGAUCAGAGACUUUGCCAAGAGGGAACUUCUAAAUAUUAAUAAGUGCGAUAAACAGUGUCAGACUGAGGAAUUUAAACAGAGAGGUUACCCUAACAGCAGCUCCUACUGAAUUGACAAAGGGUUUAACCUGGUUCUCUCAGCCAAUUAGUGAUGCUCUACAGGCCAAUAAACUGGGCUGCACAGGCUGGUCACUGAUGAGAGGAAGGAUUUUACACUGCUGUUCACACUGCAGUUAAUAAUUACCUAAGUGUUGGUAUAGAACAACACACUGGCCUUUUUCGGCGAGGUGUUGGCCUUGGUUUAGCGAAAACUAUUGCAGCUACGGGCUCGGCAUUGAUCUUUGGGCCCCGCGGUUUGUGCCACUGUUGAGGCAAACUGGUACAAG